AUGGACACUGUAUGGAAAGGAAACCACCGCUACAUUACUAACCAACUCGGGGAGGUUAGGAUGAUGUUGGAAAAAUCUAGACAGAAAACCCUUUCAUCAUUCAGUGGUACACCCUUCACAUACUUGAGAAGGGCAGUCAGCAUGCAGACAAUUAUAUUAAUGAAGGAGGCUGAAGAAGAAUUGGCGGCUCGCUUGGAAAAAAAUGAGAACUCCCGAUGUGCAUGUCAUUUCUCUGUGACACACGGCUUGAGGUGUGGAUGUCAAGUUAUGGAUGGCAGAGCGCGAGACAUAGAGAUAUACCCAGGUGAUAUUCAUAUAUAUUGGCGUACACUGACAUACGAGCAUCCACCCAAUGCUCAGGCGUACGUGCCCCAGGAGGAGGAGGCUAAAUGUCACCUUCAGGAGUUGGUUGAUCAGGUUGUACGGAGAGGACCAGAGGCAACGAAAAAAGCAGCAAAGAAUGUGUUUCGCAGUCUCCACCCGGCGAAAGACAACAUUCACGAGCCAGAAGUGAACGAAUCACGAAAGGGACGCCUAACCAAAAAAUCAACUGGAAGAACUAAAGGGUGGUGGGAAAAGAUAUUGCGAGGCAAGAAGAAAGACAUGAAAAAGAAGUCGGGAAGCACAACGUCGGGGUCUACAAAGUCGACCAGUACCAAGUCCACGGGGACUCAGACAUCCGAGUACCCGUCAGACGACCAUGCCGCUGAGGAGUGUGAUGAUCGCGAAGAAAACAACAAAUACAACGAUCCUGACACAGAUAUCCCUGGAUCCAGCACCCAGUCUGAUUACGCACACAUGGAACUGCUUCCUGUCUUCAUUCGGGACCUUAUCAUUGCCAUCCACGACCCGGUGCCAGACGGUCAUUGUGGGUUUCGUGCACUUAGUUUUGCAUUAUAUGUUAAUCAAGAUGGGUUCCCAGAGGUGAGAUGA